AAAAUAGCAUAUUUCGUUACGCCCAUUUCCAGCUCUAUUUUGAAAGACAGAUAUAACCUUGCUGUCCAACAUAAAAUAUAGCACGAUUAUGUCUCAGGCAGGUAACUGCCUGGGACACAACAGUAUGCUUGGAAGAGCAUUUCCAAGUAAACAUUAUUUACCUUACGAUAGGGAAGAUGAAGGCUUUUAUGAGGAAGCCGAACCUAUGGUGGCGAAAGCUACAGUUGGAAAAGAUUGUAAUGAGCAUUUCCAAGAUCGUCCAGGACAUGAUUUUCUGAAGUCAGAUGAUGAAGCAGAUUUUCCUUAUGGUAGGGAAGAUGAAGGCUUUUACAAGGAAGCCGAAUGUAUGGUGGCGAAAGCUGAAGUUGGAAAAGAUUGUAAUGAGCAUUUCCAAGAUCGUCCACGACAUGAUGUUCUGAAGUCGGAUGAUGAAGCGGAUUCUAUGUUUGAUACUGAAGAUGAAGACUAUUCUGAUGAUGAACCAUGGGCGAACUUUACUGAUUGGAGUGAUUCUGAAGGUUUGAAAUGCAAGGAACAUUUUAAUGAUCCACCAGGGAGUGUUGUUUGUUGCAGAGAAGAAAACUCUAUUUUAAUUGUGGUGAAAAACAAUCUUUAUUUUAAUAAAGAUAUUACGGUAUAUAGAGAUAUUGGCAAAAAAGUGCUUACACGUGAGUGGAUAUUUUGUUUAUUUUGUUAGUUAACAGAGUUGUAGAAAGUACUUUUUAAUUUUAUAAAAAAAAAUAUUUAACGAUGCACUCAACACAUUUUAUUUACAGUUAU